AUUGGUCAGAGAGCGUCACCGCGGCGGCGUCGGCGUCGGCGUGCACGCCAACCCCUUACGUCGUCACCCCGCCGCUGCGUCAUCACGUACUCCGAUAGUGCCGGACCUGCGCUAUGGCGGAGGAAGGGGUGACGCUCCCCGAGCUGCGGGGCCUGGACGGGCGUCUCGAGAGCCUGUCCGUGAAGUAUUCCCGCCAUGCGCCGCAGAUCGACAGCCGCGCGUUCUGCGCGGACUUCUGCAAGAUGGUGGAGGGGUUCUGUGGGGUCCAGGGCGGCCCUGCCCCCCAGCUCCGCGUCCUGGAGGUGGCGCUGUGCUACUUCUUCAGAGCCUCGUCCUUCCUGCCGCCGCACUGCGACCACGUGCAGCACGCCCUCAGCUCGCUGGCCCUGAGUGUGUUUGAGCUGCUGCUGUUCUUGGACCAGAAGGAGUUCAUCCAGGAGGCCCUCCCCCCCCUCACCCUCACCCUCCAGGAGUGCCACCUGGCCCUGGCCCGCCACCCUAACGUCUACCUGCUGCGGCUGAAGGCUCUGCUCCAGGACGGGGGGCCCUGGGGGAACGGGGUCCUCCAGGGCGUGCUGCGCGAGGCCGAGGUCCCUCAGAGCCAAGUGGACCUCUUCCUGGGCUCGGAGCCGCCCCUCUUCCUGGAGCUGAGGGUUCGCUACCUGCUGGCGUCGGGGCGGGGCCAGGAGGCCGCCGCCCUCGCCCGCCGCUGUGCCGCCGCCCGCACGCCGUCACGGCAACGGGCGUUCUUCCUGCAGGUGCACCUCGCCGCCCUCUGCACCACGGAGCGGACGGAGCAGCUGCACAAAGAGGUGUGCGCGCUGGGCGGGGGGGAGGUGGUGCAGGUGGUGUGUGGGAUGGAGCAGCGGGAGGAGGAGGCGGUGCUGCUCCGCCUCUGCAGGGCGGGGCUCCGGAGUCAGCUGGUCAGUGGAGGACACGCCCCCUGUCUACGCCAGCUGGUGUGUGUGUGGGGUGCGCUCCAUCGCAGGCUGCAGACCUCAGGACCGGAGCUGCUGGAGGAGAGCCGACAGCUCCUCCAGGAGGCCACCGACGCCACCGCCAUCUUCCCCUUCAUCAGGGUGCUCCUGGAGGAGCUGGGCGACGGCGGGCUGCCGUUCUGCGUGGAGCUGUGCUCCCGGGCGCUGGGCUCCGGUCUGCUGCCGGGCGGCGCCGCCCGGUCCCUGAUCCACAAGGCGGUGGCGGGCCUGCUGCCCCGGGACCUGGAGGUGUGCCGGGCCUGUGCGCUGCUGGUCUUCUUCCAGGACCGCAGCCUGGGCGCCUACCGCACGGCGGUCCGGCUCUACUCGCUGCCUGACCAGGAGUACCACGCCGAGGCCACACCUGUCGGGAACCACCUGCGCUUCGACCUCCUGCAGGCCCUGAAGAAGGACCUGGUCUUCGACCCGGAGUUCUGGAACGUGGCGGCCAUCCGGUCCCACUGCCAGAAGCUCCUCAGCGGGGAGGAGCAGCGGGCCGCCAGGGAGGAGGGGCCGGAGGAGGCGCGCUGCACCAAAGAGGUCCGCCCCGCCGCCCCCCCGCCCCCCACGGCCACCGCCCCCCACCGGGCGGACAGCAGGAAGCGCCCGGAGAACGGCACGGCGCCCAAACGGACGAGGCUCUGCCGUGGUCCCGCCCUGCCGCCCGGCCACGCCUCGCUGAGAAACAAAACCACGAGGACGGCCCCGCCCCCGAGGACGGCCCCGCCCCCGAGGACGGCGGCCCCGCCCCCGAGGACGGCGGCCCCGCCCCCGAGGACGGCCGCGCCCCCGAGGGCGUCGGGGGAGUUCCUCCGGCGCUCCUGCUGGCAGCCGGGCAGAACCAACGACGGGCUCCCCUCGGGCCGCGGGGAGCCGCGCCGCAUCACGCGCUACUCGGAGAAGAACUGCCCCAAGCGCCGGAUCCGCACGCCCCGCUGGCUCCUGGAGGACUCGGGAACGCUGGAGAUGGACGCCCGCCGCGAGGGGAAGAAGCUGCGGAGGAAACGGCGUCAGCAGGAGCAGCAGGAGGAGCAGCAGGCCCGGGCGCUGGUCACAAGGAGCGCCUCCGCUCCGCCCAGGACCGACGCCAAGGACAAGCAGAGCCUGACCCGGCACCUGAAGGGCCUCUCGCUGGACUACCUGCGGCCCGCCUCGCCCGCCCGCGUCGUCCUGGAGCUCUCGCUGCCCGACAACGAGCUGACGGACAUCUUCACCGAGGAGAGCCGGAUGAACGGCCUGCCCCCGGCGCUGCCGGACCCGCCGUCGCCCCGGCCGCCCGGGCCCCCGCCGGCGGACCGCCCCCCGCGCCUGAAGCAUGUCGUCAUCCGGGCGUCGGACGAGGUCUCGCUGGCGCGGCAACUCCACUGCUACUCGCGCCGCAACAAGCACCUGGCGGCGGCGGCGGCCGGCGAGGUCCAGAGCGCGCCCUCGGUGGUCACGCGCUCCUCCUCCCAGGCUCCUCCCACCAAGGGCAGGCCCCGCGUGCCCCGCAGCAAGCCCCUGGUGGAGAUGAAGGUGACCAUCGCCUCCCACGCGCCGGUCAGGACCAGAGCCGGCCAGUCCCAGCUGGGGGGCCGGGCCCCCGCUCAGGCCCUUAGUGCGGGCUCGCGGCCGGCGGAUAACAAAGCCAGCCCCGUCGGGCAGCGCCCCCUGGCACCUGGGUGUACGGCUGUAAAGACGGCCCGGAGCCCCAGCCCCGAUGCCGACACAAAGCCCUCAUUGGAUGACCGAGCCCGUGAGGUCGGCCCUUUGAAUGCUCGCAAAGACUUGGCCGCCUUGCAACCCGGAGACGUGUCGGAACCUGCCCGGACCGACGCUACGGCCGACGGUCCCGCGGCCGAGGCCCGGCACGACGCCGGGCGACACGGAGGAGACGCGGCCGCAUGCGGGGCCUCGGACGCCCGCGGCCACCGCGGCGAGGAGGACCUGCACGGGCUGCGGUUGCUGUCGGAGACGGUGAGCGCGCUGGCGCCUCAGUCCGUCCCCGAGGCCUCCGGGGAGGCCGCGGAGGAGCGGAGCCUCCCCGCGCAGCGGAGCCCUUCGCUGGGCAGCGGCCCGGACUCGCCCCCGGACCGGUCCGCGUGUUCGCCCAGCGCGCCGGGCUCCGGGGAGGCGGGGUCCGGUGAGCCGCGCCUGGAGCACCGCUGCAGCCUCUGCGAUAAGGUGUUCAGGGGCAAACGCGUGGCGGUGCACGCCAUGUUCCACUACCGCAGACACCAGUGCAUGUUCUGCCGCACGCCGCUGAAGCACGGCCACCUGGCCACGCUGCACGUGUCGGAGCACGUCGACGCGCUGAAGAGACGGGAGGCCGAGCGCGAGGAGCGAGGCGGCGGCCGUCGGGAGGGGAGCGAGGCGCUCCGGAGCACAGGCACGCCGCCCCCAGCAGGCGGCCAGAGGCGACCCAGGACACCCCUAACCCCCGCCGCCUCGGCCGCGCGUUCCCCCUCCGGAUCCAGGCGGUUACGCUCCGACGGCAGGGUCUCGAAGGGAAGUCCGGCCCCCUCGCCCGGUGCCAAGGUCAACGGACACCUGAAGGGCCCCGCCCCCCACCAGCAGCGCCCCCCCCUGCCGGUCCUAGAGGAUAAACCUGCGACAACAGACCCCCCGCCCAGCGAGCCCCCCCGGCCGCCCACACAAACCGCCGGACGUCUGGAAGCGGCGUCUGCGGUCGCCGCGGAGACCUGCUGCCCGGUCGCGGGCUGCCCCUGGCGCGCCGCCCUGUCCCGGAGCUCGGUGGCGCUGCUGUACCACGCGCUGGAGGCCCACCCCCGCGACCACGCCCCCCUGCGGCUGGCCUUCAGCGUGUUCGACGGGCAGUGCAGCGUGUGCCUGCGCGUGCUCUGGAGCUUCCAGCACUACCGGCACCACGUGGAGCGCCACCGCCUCGCCCCGCGCCACCCCUGCCUCCACCGGGGCUGCGGCGCGCGCUUCAGGACGGCCAUGGAGAUGAGGCGCCACUCCCGGAGGCACCGCCCCCUGCAGGCCGGCUGCUGCGUGCCCGGCUGCUCGCGCCUCUUCAUCUGCCUCUGGGCGCUGAACCUCCACGAGCGGGAGCACUACACCACCGGCGGCGACGCCGAGGCUCGCGGGGCGGCGGACCCCGGGGCCAGGAGGACGGGGGCCAGGCCGGACCCCGCCCAGGCUACCCCCGCACGGGCCAAGGGUCGCCUGAAGGUCAGCGAGCGGGCCGCGGAGGCGGAGCCUCACUCGGAGGUCAGAGCGGGGGGUUCGGGGACGAGGAGGUCUCCAGGUUCCAGGCGGGUCCAGGGUGUUCAGGGUCCCGCCCAUUGCCCAGCCGGACCCCGCAGUGCGGCCUCACACAAGCAGAGGAGAACGCCUUCGAGACCAAGAGCUGAGCCCGUUCAGCCAGCCCCGGUCGCCAGCGGCAACAGGAUGAGACGGGGUCUCAGCGGCAGGCCGGUCAAACUCGACACCGACGGCCACAAAACGAAGAAUCCUCCCGCGACGUCGACGGAGUCGAGUACGACAGCAGCUGUUCAGAAACCAGCUCGCAAACGGGAAGCUGGACUCAUUUUGGCGGAAGAACGGCAGUCCUAUCACAAAUCAAGGUUAACCUCAAAGUUCCACGAAAAGUCGGCUCCUUUAGACCAGGAACAGUCGGCUCCUUUAGACCAGGAACAGUCGGCUCCUUUAGACCAGGAACAGUCGGCUCCUUUAGACCAGGAACAGUCGGCUCCUUUAGACCAGGAACAGUCGGCUCCUUUAGACCAGGAACAGUUGGCUCCUUUAGACCAGGAACAGUCUUCAACUUUUGACCAGAAAGAGUCGGCACCUUUAGACCAGGAACAGUCGGCUCCUUUAGACCAGGGACAGUCGGCUCCUUUAGACCAGGAACAGUCGGCUCCUUUAGACCAGGAACAGUCGGCUCCUUUAGACCAGGAAGAGUCGGCACCUUUAGACCAGGAAGAGUCGGCUCCUUUAGACCAGGAAGAGUCGGCUCCUUUAGACCAGGGACAGUCGGCUCCUUUAGACCAGGAACAGUCGGCUCCUUUAGACCAGGAACAGUCGGCUCCUUUAGACCAGGAACAGUCUGCACCUUUAGACCAGGAACAGUCGGCUCCUUUCGACCAGGAACAGUCUGCACCUUUAGACCAGGAACAGUCUGCACCUUUAGACCAGAAAGAGUCGGCUCCUUUAGACAAGGAACAGUCGGCAACUUUAGACCAGGAACAGUCGGCACCUUUAGACCAGGAACAGUCGGCACCUUUAGACCAGGAACAGUCUGUUCUUUUAGACCAGGAACAGUCUGCUCCUUUAGACCAGGAACAGUCGGCUCCUUUAGACCAGAAAGAGUCGGCUCCUUUAGACCAGAAAGAGUCGGCUCCUUUAGACCAGAAAGAGUCGGCUCCUUUAGACCAGAAAGAGUCGGCUCCUUUUGACCAGAAAGAGUCGGCUCCUUUUGACCAGGAAGAGUCGGCUCCUUUUGACCAGGAAGAGUCGGCUCCUUUUGACCAGGAAGAGUCGGCUCCUUUUGACCAGGAAGAGUCGGCUCCUUUUGACCAGGAAGAGUCGGCUCCUUUGGCCUCUAAAAAGCAAGAACAGUCGUCUUCUUUGACCUCUACAGAACAAGAACAGUCGUCUUCUUUGACCUCUACUGAACAAGAACAGUCGGCUUCUUUGACCUCUACAGAACAAGAACAGUCAGCUUCUUUGACCUCUACAGAACAAGAACAGUUGGCUCCUUUAGACCAAGAACAGUCGGCUCUUUUGGACCAAGAACAAGAACAGUCUGCUCCUUUGGCCUCUGUGGACCAGGAACAGUCGGCUCCUUUAGACCAGGAACAGUCGGCCUCUCCAGACCAGGAACAUUCAGGGCCUUUAGACCAGGAACAGUCGGCUCCUUUGGACCAGGGACAGUCGGCUCCUUUGGACCAGGGACAGUCGGCUCCUUUGGACCAGGGACAGUCGGCUCCUUUGGACCAGGGACAGUCGGCUCCUUUAUACCAGGAACAGUCGGCUCCUUUAGACCAGGAUCAGUCGGCUCCUUUGGACUCUCCAGACCAGGAACAGCUGCAAAUACAUCAAGCGUCCAAAAAACACAAACCUAUUUCAGCUGCUCCAAAGAAUUCCGAUGUUGAUUUGGUAAAGAAGGGAAGGGUUGCCCAUUUAAACAGCGGUCCAAAGACCAAAGCAGCCUCUACCGGCAACGCACCUGAAUCAAAGUGCAGAACUCAGACCAAAAUGAAAGAUCUCAAAGUCGCCAAGGCAACAAAAACUGCCUUGGUCCCCAAGGCAACAAAAACUGCCUCGGUCACCAAGGCAACAAAAACUGCCUCGGUCACCAAGGCAACGAAAGCUUCCUCCGUCACCAAGGCAAAGAGAGCUCCCUCCGUCGCCAAGGCAACAAAAUCAACCGCGGUCGCCAAGGCACCGAAAGCUCCCUCCGUCGCCAAGGCAACGAAAGCUCGCUCCGUCGCCAAGGCAACAGAGGUUACAGCGGUUGCCAAGGCAACGGAGGUUGCAGCCGUCACCCAGACGUGUGACGUUCCACAGGAGGCCCCCGCCACCGGGCCCUCCCCCGCCGGCCCCCAUCAGCGGGGCGCGGGCGACGGCGUCGGCUACACGGUGCUGAUCAACGGAGCGGCCGCCGUGAAGCGGAGGGCCGCGGACGAGGCCACGCCCCCCUCCUACCGCAAGAACUACUUCCGCGCCCCGCCCACCACCUACCUGGACGAGCGCUUCACCAACAUGCCCAAGCGCCGCAAGCACAUGGCCAUGUUCCGCUCGGCGGCGGCCCGGAGCCCGGAGCCCCGCGCCGCCGCCACGCGAUGCCCCAGCUGCUUCAGCUCCUUCCUCCGGCAGGACGAGCUGCAGGCGCACCUCCGGGACCACCGCUGCUCCGGCAUGUUCGGCUUCGACUCCGACGAAGACGACAGCUGAGCGUCCCGGGAGUCAGCUGGAGGCCGGGACACCUGGACCACGGCGAGACCGGGGCCGGCGGACACCUGGACCACGGCGAGACCGGGGCCGGCAGACACCUGGACCACGGCGAGACCGGGGCCGGCGGACACCUGGGGGCCGGGACACCAGGACCACGGCGAGACCGGGGCCGGCACACACCUGGGGGCUGGAGGGCGGGACACCAGGACCACGG